CAGGCGCGCUGGGGAGGGAGGGCUAUGCUAAUGUUGUUGAUAUCCUGGGGCCACCCGAGUUAAAGGGGGGAAAUCCGGGGGCUGCCACUGCUGCCACUGGCCCUGGCCCAGCCGGGGGUCCCCCCCUGUUGUCGCUGCAGUCCCGGGGAGAGGCGCCCGCCCCCUGCUCGGGGGGGGAGGGGGCGCCGCGGGCUCGGGGAGCACGGACGGCCCCUACCCAUGAGGCCCUGAUGGAAAACACAAAGGAUCUGAGUCGGAAGAGACACUAGAAGUCACCCAAAGCAGCCGCCCCUGUCCAGCUUCUGACGAGUGGGUCUGUAAGCCUCCACUCAGAGAUGUGAUGAUCACUGCGAUUAAAAAACAGAACAUUCUUCACAAUCCAAAAGAAAAAGCAGACUGGUUCGGGAUGUUUGACGGCUAUGAUAGCUGCAGUGAGGACACAAGUAGCAGCUCGAGCUCUGAAGAGAGUGAAGAAGAAGCCGCUCCUUUACCUGCCAACCUACCAAUUAUCAAAAACAAUGGGCAAGUCUACACAUACCCUGAUGGCAAAUCUGGCAUGGCUACCUGCGAGAUGUGUGGGAUGGUCGGCGUACGAGAUGCUUUUUAUUCUAAAACAAAACGUUUCUGCAGUGUUUCUUGUUCAAGAAGUUAUUCAUCAAACUCUAAGAAGGCAAGCAUUCUGGCCAGACUUCAGGUAACGGGUAAGCCUCCAACAAAGAAAGCAAAAGUCCUUCAAAAACAACCUUUAGUUGCUAAAUUAGCUGCCUAUGCUCAGUAUCAAGCUACCUUGCAAAAUCAAGCAAAGACAAAAGCAGGUAAUUCUGCAAUCUCCGUGGAAGGCUUCAGCUGGGGUAACUACAUCAACAGCAAUAGCUUCAUAGCAGCUCCGGUUGCCUGUUUUAAGCAUGCACCUAUGGGGACCUGCUGGGGUGAUAUAUCAGAAAAUGUAAGGAUAGAAGUUCCCAAUACAGACUGCAGUCUACCUACCAAAGUCUUCUGGAUUGCUGGAAUUAUAAAAUUAGCAGGUUAUAAUGCCCUUUUGAGAUAUGAAGGAUUUGAAAAUGAUUCUUCUCUGGACUUCUGGUGCAAUAUAUGUGGGUCUGAUAUUCAUCCAGUUGGUUGGUGUGCAGCCAGUGGAAAACCUCUCGUUCCUCCUAGAACUGUCCAGCAUAAAUAUACAAACUGGAAAGCUUUUCUAGUGAAAAGACUGACUGGCGCCAAAACACUUCCUCCUGAUUUCCCACAAAAGGUUUCAGAGAGUAUGCAAUAUCCUUUCAAACCUUGCAUGAGAGUAGAAGUAGUUGACAAGAGGCAUUUAUGUCGAACAAGAGUGGCAGUGGUGGAAAGUGUGAUUGGAGGAAGAUUAAGACUGGUAUAUGAAGAGAGUGAAGACAGAACGGACGACUUCUGGUGCCACAUGCACAGCCCCUUAAUCCACCAUAUCGGGUGGUCGCGAAGCAUAGGCCAUCGGUUCAAGAGAUCUGAUAUUACAAAGAAACAGGACGGACAUUUCGAUACACCGCCACACUUAUUUGCUAAGGUAAAAGAAGUAGACCAGAGUGGAGAAUGGUUCAAAGAAGGAAUGAAAUUGGAAGCUAUAGACCCAUUAAAUCUUUCUACAAUAUGUGUUGCAACCAUUAGAAAGGUGCUGGCUGAUGGAUUCCUGAUGAUUGGGAUCGAUGGCUCAGAAGCAGCAGACGGAUCUGACUGGUUCUGUUAUCAUGCAACCUCUCCUUCUAUUUUCCCUGUGGGUUUCUGUGAAAUUAACAUGAUAGAACUGACUCCACCCAGAGGUUACACAAAACUUCCUUUUAAAUGGUUUGACUACCUCAGGGAAACCGGCUCCAUUGCAGCGCCAGUAAAACUGUUUAAUAAGGAUGUUCCAAAUCACGGAUUCCGCGUGGGAAUGAAAUUAGAAGCUGUAGAUCUCAUGGAGCCACGUUUAAUAUGUGUGGCCACAGUUACACGAAUUAUUCAUCGUCUCUUGAGGAUACAUUUUGAUGGAUGGGAAGAAGAAUAUGACCAGUGGGUAGACUGUGAGUCCCCUGACCUCUAUCCUGUAGGGUGGUGCCAGUUAACUGGAUAUCAGCUACAGCCUCCAGCAUCACAGUCAUCAAGAGAAAGCCAGUCAGCUUCUUCAAAACAGAAGAAAAAGGCUAAGUCCCAGCAGUACAAAGGACAUAAGAAAAUGACCGCGUCACAGCUGAAGGAGGAGCUGCUAGAUGGAGAGGAGUAUAGCUUCCUUCACGGAGCAUCUGACCAAGAGAGCAAUGGCUCUGCCACCGUCUACAUCAAACAGGAGCCAUAGGCGACUCAGCAGCUGUGGGUGGAGGGGCUGUUUACAGGACUGCUCUGUAGUCGGCCCGCCGCAAGGCAGGCCAUUCUACUGGGACAUUUUGCUAAACACAGAAAAGUUCAGUUCCAGAUUUUUCAGGUGGGGGGAAACUAUUUUGGUGGGGGGGGCAAUUUUUCAAUUUAUAAAGACGGACAAUUUUUGUGUUGUAUUUGAAGCUUUUGAAAGAAUUUUGUAAUAUUUUCCAAGUUUGGAUUUAUGUGCAUUGUUAACAAGAACUGAAAUUAUAACUUUUUUGGUAAGAUAAAAGUUUAGGUAGCAGGAUUGAAGGAAAUGAUUAAGAAGGAUAUAGUUGUAAAUGCAAAUGAACUGUCAUUACAAAUGAACCUUCUUGGUACCUGUUGGGAGAUUUUUGGAUUUUAGAGUUAGGCCAGUCACAUCUCCAGCUUCCUUUGCUGCGAAAAUAUGCAACUGAACCCCUCACAGAGGGCUCAUCACCAUGUAGAUCACGGAAGGGGUCAUUAAUUGUGCUCGCUGACAUUUUAUUGCAGCCCGUUUAACUGUUUGUACAGAAAUUUUUUCAUUCUGGUAAAAAUUUAUUUGGAGUUGUAUAUGAAACUAGGAGAACUCUGGAUACUUUUUUAUGCUCUCCUUCACAUAAAAAUGAUUAAAAUUUUCUAACACUAAAGUGUUAAACUGGAAUGGUUGACAAAAUACACAGGAUCUCAGUCUACAUAAAGGGUUGGGGGAAAUUAAUAUUUUCCUAAGUUUAUUCUCUUUUCCUUGCUAGAAAACAUCCCACUGAAGGGAUGUUCUUACCAGACCUCUGCCACGUCCUCCAUCUGUGAGAGCAGCCACCCUAAAGCAGACACUGUUCUGAAGUCACGAAAGACUCAGACGGGAAUGUCGGUAACCAAAAUUAAGUACGGAUUUCAGAAUCAUUCCAGCUCCACUCUUAACGUCCUGAAUUUGUUAGAAACUGAUCUGAAAGAAAAUUUUUCUUAAAAUUCCAUAUACACGCACGCACGCACGCACGCACGCACGCACGCACGCACACACACACGCACACUAUGAAUUGUCUUUAAUUAUAGUCAGAAUUUUUUCUAACAAUUACUGAUUUGGACCAUUUUAAACAUUCCCUGUUCUAAAGUUCAUGCGGCUUCCUUUAAGAAGUAGGACGAAAGGGUAAAUUUGUGACAGUUUGCUCUCUGCGCUUCCUAACCUACAGAAUUGUGACUGAAUCAGAGAGCUCUAGCAUUUACCAGUGAGGUUCAUAAACUAAACUCUCAGGAAUUCAUUGCAUCUGUUCUAGAAGUGCUUCUGGGUCUGAGCCUGGCCUCUUCAGAGUGGUAAUACUGCCCAUUUCCUCUGGAAAAUAGGCAGGGCUAAUGAGAAAUUAAUCAAAAUGAUUAACCUCUGCCGCCCGUUAGCCUAUGGAAUGCUUUAAAAAAAAAAAAAAAAAAGGAAAAAAUGGUAAUGGAAACCCCAGGAGACAUUUUAGGUAAGAUUUUUGUUUGACUUUUAAAUGCAUAGAACAUUAAAAACCAGCAAUUUAUUUUCUAAAAUAUUGCUCUACUUUUGGGAAUAAUAGCAUUGGUAAUAUGCACAGGUUUACCUCAUUCUAUGCAAGAGGGGUUAAUAACAUAAGGUUUUGUAGUAGCUACUGGAAGUAAAAUGUGUUACUUUUUAGUGUAAAAAUGUAUGGAAUCGCAUGUCACCAUUUUUUAAUACUGACUCUGGGGGCUAAAUGCAGAUCAUCACAUCAAUGCAAGUUGAUUCUUGUGUCAAAUAUAUGUGAAUUCAGCUGUAAAAUUACUGGAUAUUUAUCUUAAACAACAGUGCUGAGAGGGACCUACUGUAAAUGUGACAUCUCACACUUCCCCAGUCUUUGACUUUGAAGGAUCUUCCCAGAAGCUUAAAGCCUAGACGAGGUCCAAAGCAAAGGUCAUAGCAGUCUUUAUUCUCAGGCUCAGCGGAUUACGCCCAGGACUGUGCUUCCGAGGCACCAGUGCAAGAAGCCUGUAGUAUGUAUGGGGUGCUCUCAUGCCUUGCUGUAGGAGCUCUCCAGGGAACUAACUCACUCUACGCCAGGAAGGAUGUGAUUCAAGCCAGCCGGUCCUGGUAAUUAGUUCUGUGAAAUGCUCAUUUGUAGCCAGGUUUUACAAGCUUCCAAUUCUACACCAAAACCAGGCUUGGCAUGUUUAGAAUUCCCCGCCUACAUUCAUAAAGCGUCUAUGUUCACUAAUAGAUCGGUAAGGACUUGCUAGAGUCCAAACAGAAUCCGAAGCCCUCUUCUUUGUUAAGACCCUCACUCCUGCUGCUAACACAGAGCGUUAACCAGAGGAGGCUUCCAUCGUAGCCAUACUUCCUGUCGUCCUACAACUCAGUAGCCCGUUCUCUUUCACAGUUGAACAUGUGCUGCUGACCUUGGGUUUGUUUGUUUUCCUGUUAGAAGCCUGGGAACUCUGAGUAGUCUAACCUUUUUAACCUUUUUCCUUGCUGUGUAUGAGGAAAGCUAAGCCGUUAUCAGCUUCUUAUUCUGCGGAUACUAACACGGGUUUUCAGUGUUUGUUUGUUUUUAUUAUUAAUUAAUUUUGUGUGAUGUGAAUACCCUCGCCCGUCAAUAUUUGUAUUAUGGUGCUAUAUAUUUGGUAAUGAUCCUUUAAUAUUGGGGAGGGAUUUUAAAAAUACUGUGAUUAAACUGGGUAUCUUCCUUUGAUUUUCAUAUUUUAAAUAAAGCCACAGUCAUUUAUACAAAAACAAACAAAAAAAGCAUCUGUCCCUGGGCAAACCUUUCAAGGACAGAGGCCAAAGUAAAGUACAUAAGGUUUUUACAUUGUUUCUGUGUUCGUUUGAUAUAUAGAACAAUAUCUGGACAAAUUUAAUCUUUUAUUUUCUGGUAACUUGUGAUCAUUGAGGAAGUGUUUGAAGCUUUCUCAUGGAAUGUAUAUAAUGUCGUGAAAAAUUCAGAGAAAUUUAUGUUCCUUUCAUUUUUACCAAAAUGCAAAUUUUCAGCAUGGAUGUGAAAAGCAUUAAAAUUAUAACUUUGUGUACAAGAUGAAAAUAAUUCACUAAAUUUGCCCUUUUUUUACACAAAAUAAAAUGUUAAAGUUAAGCUUUAUUUUA